CGGGGCUUGUUAUAUAGGCCGGCGGUCAGCUGACGCUCCCGCAUUGCAGACGGCUCAGCCUGAAAGGAACGAGGCUAUGGCGCGGCUCACUUGUCUCCUCGCCCUUCUCGGCUGUGUGGCUGCAGCUCUGGCAAAUCCCAUUGUAUUUCAGAAAGAUUGUGCGCAGGGCCCUGAAGUAUGGUGUGAGAACUUAAAAACAGCUUCACAUUGCAAUGCUGUCAAGCACUGUCAACAGAAUGUCUGGAACAAGCCUACAGUGGAAAGCAUCCCUUGUGAGCUGUGCAAAGAAAUUGUAACAGUGGCUGGGAAAUUCUUGAAGAAUAAUGACACAGAGGAAGAAAUCCAUGCUUACAUGAGUAAGGCCUGUGAGUUUCUUUCUGAUCAAGGCCUAGUGUCUGAAUGCAAGGAGAUGGUGGAUUCUUACCUGCCCAACAUUCUGGACAUGAUUAAGGGGGAGUUUGAUAAUCCAGGAGUUGUGUGCAAUGCUCUCACAUUGUGCCAGUCUCUUCAGAAACACCUAGCAUCCGUGAAACUGCAGAAGCAGCUUCAGUCGAACAAGAUUCCUGAACUUGACUUCUCUGAGCUGGCAUCUCCUUUUAUGGCUAAUGUGCCACUGCUUCUUUAUCCCCAGGAGCAGCCCAAAGAAAAGUCUCAGGGAAGUGGGGAUGUAUGUAAAGACUGCGUUCAGCUGGUAACUGAUGUUCAGGAAGCCGUGAAGAGCAAUUCAUCCUUUGUGCAACGGUUUAUUCAGCACGCACUAGAAGAAUGUGAACACUUGGCGCCUUCCAUGGUUGAUCAGUGCAAAGAUUACAUCUCCCAGUAUUCAGACCUGGCUAUUCAAUUAUUUGUGCAGAUGCAGGAACAGUCACCACAGUCCUUAUGCAGCAUGGUUGGGUUCUGUUCUUCUUUUUCGAAGUCUGUGCCUCUCCAGACUCUGGUACCAGCCAAAGCCAUCCAUGAACUGAAGGCAGAACCCCUUGAGAAUAGCCCAAGUCAAGCAGAAUCUCUCUCUCUAUGUGAUGCAUGUGAGAUUAUGGUGGAAGAGGUGGCCAGCCUUCUAGAGAGCAAUAAGUCUGAGGAGGAGAUAGUACAUGCAAUGGAGGCAGUGUGUGCUGUGCUGCCAGUAAAACUAAGAGACGAGUGCAAGAGCUUUGUGGAAGUCUACGGCAAAGCAAUCAUUGAUAUGCUGCUGGAGGCAACUGAUCCUAAAAUGGUAUGCGUUAUGCUGAAAUGCUGUGCAAACAAGGCUGUUCCUGCUGAGAAAAUUGCUCCAGUGCAAUCACCGGCUGGUGAUGUUUGUGAUUUGUGCAAAAUGAUCGUAGCCUAUUUGGACAAACAGCUACUAAAGAAUGCUACAACUGAGGAAAUUGAGGAAGCUCUAGAAAAAGUCUGCAGCAUGUUGCCACAGUCUUACCGUGAUCAGUGUGAUCAGUUUGUGGAGGAUUAUGAACCCAUGGCUGUGCAGCUUUUGGCAGAAAUGAUGGAUCCUGGUUUCGUGUGUGGUAAGCUUGGUGUUUGUGCAGCAUCCACAAAGCCUCUGUUGGGAUCAGAAAUGUGUGUCUGGGGACCUGGCUAUUGGUGUAAGAACAUGGAAACAGCAACUAAGUGCAAUGCUGUUGACCACUGCAAACAUCAUGUGUGGAACUAGAAGAAAACUCCCGCUUGGGUAACUUUUUUUUCUUGAAGAAAACAAGAGGAGGAGAGGAUUAGGCUGGCAGAACUAAAUCCUGGUGUCUUUAUUUCCUUUCUCUUCCAAAUCUUAAAUAACUUUUUGUGAUUUUCUUUGGUGUAGCAGUGCUACUACUGUGAAAUGAUCCACAGUGUUGAUCUGAUGCUAUUUCUGCCUCCAGUUUUUAGUUCCUUUAUGAUACAUGAAAUGCAGCUGUUUAGCAAAGUUGUUCAAUUAGCUGAGUGCCUUUAAGAGUAGAAGUAAACUAAAGGCACCCCAGCCUUGUGUCUGACCUUAAAAAUCAUUGAGUAAUUUUUUAAAGGCACUCUUGCUGAUGGAUGGUUUGCUAGAGUAAGGUUGCUGGUCAUUACAAGUGGGUAUCAUUUCAGCUUUCAUUUUACCCAGUUACUGGGCAGAAGAACCCUCUUAAAUUAAAUCCUACUUGCUGGGAUAAAGCUACAUCAGCCCUGUAAGUUGCCUGUGGAAGGAAGGGUAUUCCUGAGUAGCUACAUGAAUAUGUCUGUAAUACAGCUAAGGCUGAGUCUCCAAACUUGUUGGUGUGUGGCCUGAGAAAGUAUAUUGGACUGGGUGGCCAAUAUCCAAGGUAGUGAAUAUAAGCGUCCAUGGAAAACUGAUGCAACAGGACUGGGGCACCCAUUCAUUUUAAAAUGUAACUUCAAUACCUUGAAAACAAAGGAGUUGACUGUGUUUAAACUAAAAAAACUCAAGCAGCGUGCCUGGUAUGUUCUGGCUGACUGGAACAUAUUAGAGAGCGAACCACAUACAUGUUGACUGAAAAGGUAAAGAAAUUUGCAUGCAUGAAGUAUAUGGUUGCCAAGUAACCUUUUCCCCAGUUUCAGAAUAGCAACAAGAUUCUCUCUCUGUCACUUCCUAGUAUUGGAAUCCAUUUUUUUCUAGCAGUACAUUCUUACAUUCUGCACCCUCUUGCAUGAGUAGCCAUUCUAUGGUAUAGUGCUAGAGGUAUCUUGAAAUGUUUAGAAGCAGAGUGCCAUACUAGCCGCAUACAUCUUGACCCUAUUUGACCUUUUGAGUUUAGUGGGGGUGAUGGCUCUGGCCUGUGUAGUACCGCUAUUAGCGCAAGGCGCAGAUGUCAUUUCUGUCCCAAAUAGCAGCUUGUGUUGAUCUCCAUGCAAGUAUGCACUUCUGAAGAUUUAUAAUAGCCAUGUGGGCGAGGGAACUUUUUAGAGACCACAUAAUGCCCUUGAACCUCCGAGUGCAUAGCUGUUUAAAACAGUUUGUUUUAGUUAUGCAAAUUCUCAACAACUUAUAAGAAACCCCAGGAAGGAGGUUGACUAUUCCAGCACAUUAAGCUCAUGAGAAUGUGGAAUCAGGAUGGGACUCAUAGCAGUAAACUAAUAAUUGCUUCAAGUUAAUUCCAGCAAAGUGAUUGCCAUGUGGCUUCAUUCUUUUUCUUCCAACAAGCAUUCGCUGAGGGCUUUGACCUGAUAUUUUUUUUGUUAAAACUAAACUGCUGUUUGGUUCAAAGUUUUCACUACUCAAAAGCAAAGACUUUUGCUAUGUUACCUUUUCAUAUUAUUGCAGAUGUCAACAUUGAUAACAGUAGCAUCCUGUGCUCAUGCAGGGGAAACAUUGUCCUCUUCUUAGUGAUGGCCUUUUUGCUCUACAGGCUGUUGAACAUUUGAUGGCUGGACUGUGUAGAUGCCACUUUUUCCUGGCUAGAAUUUCUACUUGUGUGUGUGCUCAUUUUCUUCGUAGGAAAUAAAGUGGCAUAAUCUCAUGGGACAAGGAUUGUCAG